AUGCUAGUGAUCACAAGAGGUACAGGCUCGAACUCGGAUGCACUUGUGUUAACAGAAGCGCAAAUUGGACGAUUAGCGCAGUGUUCCAGUCGCCUGAUUGAACAAAUGCCCCAGCUUGAACAGAAAUUGAUGCAAAAUAAGAAAAAGAUUAGCCGGUGUGUUUUCACCACUUUAUUCGCUGUCUUCAGAAAAAUUGAUGCAGUAAAGCAAAGUGAAGUAAACUCGGAUACGCCUGUAUUAACGGAAGCGCAAACUGGGCGAUUGGCUCAGUGUUCCAGUCGCCUGAUCGAACAAAUGACACCGCUUGAAGUGAAAUUGAUACAAAGCAAGAAGAUUAUCUGA